AUGAGACAUAUUUCUCCAAAUAGUCGAUUUAUGGGAAAGAAUACAUGCCAGUUCUAUAGAAAGAAUAAACAGGACUGCUGGCUUGGACACAAAUAUAUUUCAUGUGAUCAAUCGGAAGAGCUUCUGCUUAAUAUACCUGAGCCCUGUUCAAAUAUUAUGAAUGCUGACAUAACAGCCACAACAACCACGGCACCACAAAUACCCAUCUAUCCGUAUCAAACAGGUCAACUAUCAGCUACCAAUUCACUCGACUUCAAUUCACCACCCGUCAUUCUAAUUUUCAUUCUCAUUAUAACUCUAUUGGUUAUGUUGAUUGUAUUAUCAACAACAAUUAUUGUCAUUUAUUCUCUCGAUCACUGUCACAAAAUCCGUCGACCAAAACAUUCCGCGUCAAAGUCAAGUCAAACCAGAAGACCACCGAACGAAGAACAAGAAAACACAAUUAAUCUGUCACUGCUGAUCAGGCAGUCAACAGAUCCAGCCAUCAGAUCCACUCAACAGACAUUCAACCUUCAUCGAAAUUCUCCCCAGCAAUACGCAUCUGACAAUAGAUUUGCUACGGCUGUAAGUACUGCCACAUCACAACGAAUGUCCAUUCGGACUCAAUAG